AUGCAGGCUAACGGGGCAGCGGGAGAGCCUGAAGUGUCAUGCCGAAACGGCACCCAAAACGGCGAGUCCUCCGCCGCCGGGGCAGCUCACUCCAAUGGAGUUGUGUCAGGCGGCAACAAUGGAAAUCCCGUCAGUAACAACAACGGAGUGUCAGUCCAGCCCGCGUCUAACAACAUCAACAACGGCUCCACCGACAUCAACUGUGGCGUCAAGAAGAAGAAGCGCUUGUCUCAGUCAGAGGAAGACGUCAUCCGGCUCAUCGGCCAACAUUUACACGAUUUGGGUCUCAAUCAGACGGUGGACCUCCUUAUGCAAGAAUCUGGCUGCAGGUUGGAGCAUCCGUCAGCCACAAAGUUUCGCAAUCAUGUCAUGGAAGGAGAGUGGGAUAAGGCUGAGAGUGACCUAAAUGAGCUGAAGGCACUGAUGCAUUCCCCUACUGCUAUUGUGCGCAUGAAGUUCAUCCUCCUGCAGCAAAAGUAUUUGGAGUAUCUUGAGGAUGGCAAAGUCUUGGAGGCUCUGCAGGUUCUCAGAGCUGAGCUCACUCCCCUCAAGUACAACACAGAGCGCAUUCACAUUCUUAGCGGGUACCUGAUGUGCAGUCACGCAGAGGACCUGCGAGCCAAAGCAGACUGGGAAGGCAAAGGCACUGUAUCCCGAACAAAGCUGCUGGAUAAACUCCAGACAUACCUUCCUCCGUCUGUGAUGUUGCCCCCUCGCAGACUGCAGACGCUGCUGAAGCAGGCGGUGGAACUACAACGAGAGCGCUGCCUCUACCACAACACUAAGUUGGACAGUGGACUGGACUCUGUUUCUUUGCUGCUGGACCAUGGCUGCAGCCGGAAGCAGUUCCCGUGCUACACUCAGCAAAUACUUACUGAACACUGCAAUGAAGUCUGGUUCUGCAAGUUUUCUAAUGACGGCACAAAACUGGCGACUGGUUCCAAAGACACAACAGUCAUCAUUUGGCAUGUUGACACGGAAACACGUCAAGUGAAGCUAAUGAAGACUCUGGAGGGUCACGCGUACGGAGUCUCGUACUUGGCAUGGAGCCCUGAUGAUUCCUAUCUUAUAGCAUGUGGUCCUGAUGAUUGCUCCGAGUUAUGGCUGUGGAAUGUACAGACGGGGGAGUUACGAACAAAAAUGAGUCAAUCUCAUGAAGAUAGUCUCACGAGCGUGGCAUGGAAUCCAGAUGGCAAACGCUUCAUCACUGGUGGGCAGAGAGGCCAAUUCUACCAAUGUGACCUGGAUGGAAACCUACUGGACUCAUGGGAAGGAAUUCGUGUGCAGUGCCUGUGGUGUUUGUGUGAUGGCCGGACUGUCCUUGCCUCUGACACUCACCAGCGCAUUCGUGGUUACAACUUUGAGGACCUGACUGACAGAAACAUAGUCCAAGAGGACCAUCCCAUCAUGUCCUUCACAGUCUCCAAAAAUGGAAGAUUAGCUCUGCUGAAUGUUGCUACCCAGGGAGUGCAUCUCUGGGACCUGCAGGAUCGGGUGCUUGUGAGGAAGUACCAAGGAGUAACACAGGGCUUCUACACCAUCCACUCCUGCUUUGGAGGUCACAAUGAAGACUUCAUUGCAAGUGGCAGUGAAGACCACAAAGUUUACAUCUGGCACAGGCGAAGUGAAUUGCCUAUCGCAGAGCUGACUGGUCACACCCGCACCGUCAACUGCGUGAGCUGGAACCCUGUUCUUCCCGGUCUACUGGCAAGCGCCUCGGAUGACGGAACCAUCCGGAUAUGGGGACCCGCCCCCUUCCUGGAUGUCCAGGAGGCAGACGGACUCAAUGACUGUUGCAGCAUGGACAGCUGA